AUGAGGGUGGCGGGGGGCUUGGGCAGGCCACGACUCGCAGCGUGCAUGGGUCUGGGCGUCGUCUUGGUUUUGGUACUGGCCAUCUCGCACCAAGUGUGUGCGACUUACUUUGUUGAUUAUCAUCGCCAUUUUCGCACAUGGGCUCCGGUGGACGUGCAACACUGGUUGCUGGCCAAGGAAUUUGCUGAUGCUGUGCCUGCGGCUGCGCGCACCCACCUUGAUGGGGCGCUCCUCGAGACCUUGACAGAGGAUGCAGCGGUGGCCGAGCUUCUAAGCCUGACACCCCUUCAAGCCAAGCGUCUUAUUCUGCAAGUUAAACUCGCCAUUGAGGAAAGCGACCGCCUGGCUUCUCAAGAUCCGUAUCAAAGCUCCGAGGAUGUGCUCUUGCACCCAUGCCAGUUGUUCCCCGAGGCGUGUCCAGAUGGCCUUUCCUUUGUGGAUGGCCUGCAACUCUUCGUCCCACGCCUCUCAGCCAUUUUCAAUGGCCUUUGUGGACGGAGCAUGCUGAGCAUGCCCUGGAAAUACCGCAUUAUGUGGCUACUGCUUCCACACUCGGCCGUGCUUCAUGCCGAGCUGGAUGCCUAUGGCUUGCAUUUCACACUGUCCAGCUUCUUGCGGCACACCCUCAACCUUGUGGCCGCCCUGAUUGGCGUGCAAGUGGAGGUGGCAUUCGUGGCUGCCUUCUUCUCCUCCCAUGAUGACUCGGCAAACCUACGUUCCUUACUUUCCAAGGGCGCUGCGUGUAUUACGCACACAUUGGUGCUGCUGUCACUACCUCUAGACUGGGCCUUGGGAUGGCACAUCAGCAGUCUUCGACUCCUUCUCUCGCUGCGCGACGUGAUGGUGUUGAUCAACUGCUUUUGGGAGGUCAAAGCUUGGUUCGAGGAGGAGCGCAAGAAGGCGCAGGGGGGCUCUUCUACUUCAAGCGAUAGUCAAAGUGAAAAGUCGCAGUAG